UUUUUCGGUCACACUACAACAAAAAAAUAAAAAAUAUAUCAGGGGAAGAUAUGCAGCAGAUAUAAACAAAGAAAAGCAAGAAAAUACGUUUAAACCAUCACUUCAGCGUCAUCCGCCAGGCAAAUGAGUUUCAACCUGAACCUGGAGUCCCUCAACACAACACUGCAGACGAUCGCCGAACGUGUGGAGCUCUUUGCUGGCGUUGCACUACAGGCUGCUGUCGGGCUGCGAGGCAAAUUCGAGUCCUUGACGGGUGAUUUUAGCUGGCAAAACGGUCCCAUUGCCUUCACGGAUCUGCAGGCAACGCUACUAAAGGUCCUGCUCGUUUUGCUGCUCGGCACUUGUGUCCUCAUCGGCUAUUCGUGGUCUGUCUACGGCCAGGUCAUCACGGAGAAGUUUGUCAGGCCAAGCACUCUCAAGGAAAUCGAAGAGCUUAAAUUGUCGGUGGCCAAGUUAAAGUUGCCCAAGGAACACUCGCCACGCAUUUAAGCCAACCAUGU